CUGAAAUUAAAAACCCUAAUUGGCUGAGACCCGCCUCUUUUUCUCUGAAAUAUUGAAAACCCUAAACUCCAACACAGAAGGCUCUCUCUCUCUCUCUCAUGGCUACGGCAGCGCGGGAAGAGACGCAGAAGCAGAAGCAGCCCUACGACGCCCUAGGUGCCGGCGGCAAGCUACGUAAGACGCCAUUUCAGAGGACCACCCGAACGACGCCGUAUGAUCGCCCCCUGUCCAACGGCGGCGGCUGGAUCUCCAAGCUCGUCGAUCCGGCUCAGAAGCUUCUCGCCUACAGCGCCCACCGCCUCUUCUCCACCGUCUUCCACAAACGCCUCACUCCGCCGCCGCCGCCUUCUUCCUCAGAAGCAGAGGUGAAUCAUGAAGCGAGGAUUAUGGACAAGGAGCAAGUUUCCAUGGAUCCUUCUGGAGCACUAAAAGGUGCCAUUGAGCAAACUAGUGGUGCAAGAACUGCCGCUGCUGGAGAUGGCUUUACCUUGGUUGAGCAAAUGUUGGAGCAGAAAACCUUUACCAGACCUGAAAUCAACCGAUUGAAAGAGCUCUUGUACUCAAGAACUGAUGAUAUAUCUAUUGAGAAUUUAGAGAAAAUAUCUGAAGCUAUACCUUCACUGCCAUUGGUAUCUCAUGGCCGAAAGGAGGACUUUGCUAAAACACCAUUGCAAGAUAAAAGUGCCAAUAGUAACCUUGUUUCAACCUCUGUUGUCAGUACAACUGUCCUUGACGAAAAUUUAGCUUCACCUGUUGAGCUGGCAAAAGCUUACAUGGGCAGUAGGCCUUCAAAAAUAUCUCCCCUAAUGUUAGGUCAUCGCAGUCAAGCAGCCUAUGAUGAUCCACAUAAUUCAAGAAGUGUGGCAUUUCCGUCCAUAUCAUCGUGUAUGUCGGUUGUUCCUAGAUUUCCUAGCAAUGGGGCAACACCAGAAACUGGUUUUGCAACGCCUAGGUCUCGUGGCAGAUCUGCAAUACACAGUAUGGCUCGUACGCCAUACACUCGAAUUCAGACCCAUAAUACACUGAAGGGUUUUGGGUCUACAGUUGAUUCUUACUGUGCACCAUCCUCAUCAUCUCGGUCUGUUUGGGAGCAGAGUCAACCUUCUGGAUCUAAACAAGGGGCGUUAAAGCGAAGGUUCUCAGUUUUAGACAAUGACAUUGGAUCUAUUGGUCCUAUCCGAAGAAUUCGUCCAAAACCUAAUCUUCUGUCAUCUAGAGGCUUAAGCUCACCAAUGAUUAAAGAGGCUUGUCAAAACCUGUCAUCUUCCACAAAGAAGCCACUUUUGUUGGGUGAACCCAAUCAUACUUCGGGAAACACAUUAUCAGAAAAUGGGGACAAUGCAGUUCCUCGGGCAUUUUUUUCAACUGUUUCGUCUCAGUCCAGCAAAGCAGCUUCCAGAAUUUUUGAGCAUCUGGAUAAGAUCACCUCUCCAAAGGAGAAAUCGUCUGACCCCAAGUUACUUACUAUGAGUGAUAGAUCACCAACUAAGCUGUCACCCUCCAUGCUACGUGGUCAGGCUCUGAAAAGUCUGGAGCAUGUGGAUUCGUUGAAAUUUCUGGAAAAUUCCCAUUAUAAAAAUAGUAAUAAUUUGGAUGUUUCAUCUAAUCAGAUGCCAAAUGUUACAUCUCAAAAGCAUGACAAGGUUACAGAAGAUGGUCCAUCAAGGAUUGUUGCUCCAUGUGCCAAUGAAGUAGAAUCCGCAACAGAAAAGAAGGAUGUUUUGGUAAAGGUUAAAGUUGCAUCAGACAUUGUUGUUCAUCCUCCUGGAAAGAAACGGGCGUUCAAGAUGAGUGCUCAUGAGUAUCUGGAGCUGGAUGAUGAUGACUAUUCCAAUAACUCUCGUGUGUCUGGUUCAUUUGCUGAUGGGAGAGUGAUGGUGGAUAAGACUGCAGCUGCUAAUCUAAAGAAGCCAGUAGCUCCCACUGAAGUCACACCUCCUGCAUCUUUUACAUUAAACCAGAAGUCCAAUAGCAGAGCGUCUAGUGGUGUAUAUACAGUUGCACCUGGUGCAUUGAAUAUCCUACCAAAAGCACAGAGAUCAGUUAAAGCUGAUAAGAAUAAUUCAGACGCUGAGGUCCCUUCAAGGGUACCAGAAACUCUUGUGUCAGGAUCAUCAUCAUCAGCAGUGACCACGAGCAUAUUUUCUACGACUUAUGAAGUCUCCAACAGUUUGGCAAGUCAAAGUCCUUUCAGCAUAAUGGACCCUACUGCCAACACUAGCAGUGGUAACAAAAUUGCUACUAUUAGUGCCGUUACCACCAGCAGUAGUAAUCUUUUCACCUCAGUCUCAGCGCUGUCCUUUCCAGUGGAACCUAUUUCUAAAUUUCCAGUCUCCACUACAACUGCUGUGACCCAAGUUACAGAAAAUUCUUCGUUGGAAUUGUUAAGAGACAAGAACAAGCGAGACGGUAGUUUUGCGAAUUCAAGUGGCUCUCUUUUUCCUUUCACUUCUGCUACCGCUGCAGGCACAGUUAGUAGCUUUAUGGGAGCUUCUGAUGCUGCGUCCUGCCCUGCUGUGACCAAUCAGUCAGUCCCUACUUCCUUUAGUUCUGGUAGUGGAUCCGGUCCUAGUCCCCAGGCAGUACCUGGAUUCUUGUUCAAAUCUGAACCAGCAACUGCUUCAGCUGUUGUAACGGCAAAAAGGUCUGCGUUGGAACUUUUAGAUGAUAAGAAUAAGCAAGGUGGGAUCUUUAGUACUGUAAGCAGCACCCCAUUUGGUGGCACAUCUGCAACAAGUGCAAGCGCAUCAAGUAACAAAUUUGGAAAUUUUGCUGCUGCUUCUACGCCUACCUUUACUACUCAGUCAUUGGAUUCUGCUCGUUCUAGUGGUGGCAAUGGAACUGAUUCUAGUGCCCUAGUGUCCCCUCCUGGGACUGUAGUUGCGUCUCCCCCACAGAGUGCACCUAUUCAACCUGGUUCUUCAGCUUCCAGUUCUGUUUUCAAUUUUGCCGGAAAUACAGUAGUUGGUUCUUUCACACAGAGUGCACCUGUUCAACCUGGUUCUUCAGCUUCCAGUUCGGUUUUCAAAUUUGCCGGAAAUACAGUAGUUGAUUCUCUCACACAGGGUGCACCUGUUCAACCUGGUUCUUCAGCUUCCAGUUUGGUUUUUAAUUUUGCUGGAAAUACAACUUUCUCUAAUGGGAGCUCUGCACUUGGUUCUUCUACCCCCUCUUCUGGAGUCAACCCAAGCGGCUCCACUACUGCUCCAAGUACUGUAUUUAGUAUCGGGUGGCAACCUUCUACAUCUUCUAAAUUUUCUUCCACACUAAAUUCUACAUCUUCGUCACCUGCAUUUCAAUUCGGUGCAUCUUCAGCCACUGCCUCAACCAACGCUGUAUCUACUUCAUUUGGAGCAUCGUCAAGUUUUGGUGCUACCUCUAACGCUGCAGCCCCGUUUUUUGGAACGCCCUCUGCCUCUGUUUCUACAUCCAGCAGUUCACCUACUUUGUUUGGAACACCCACAGUUUCUGCUCCUACAUCCAACAGUUUACCUACUUUGUUCGGAACACCCACAGGUUCUGCUCCAAGUACCAGCAGUGCAUCGGCUUUUGGAAUGUCCAAUGGUGCAUUGUCAACUGGCAUGUUCUCCUUCACACCAUCUACAACUACUGCCCUAUCACAGCCUGCAUUUGGUAACUCUAAUCCUGCAUUUGGAUUUCCUAUGGCUGCGGCGGGUAAUAAUGAUCAAAUGGUGAGCAUGGAAGAUAGCAUGGCUGAAGACACUGUUCAUGCAUCCCCGCCCGCUUCCUUUUCUCAACAGUCUGUCGUGACUCCUCAAUCUACACCCAUAUUCUCAGCAUUUGGCCAACAGCCCGUGUCAACCCCACCAGCUCCCUUUGUAUUCGGAGGUUCAUCAAAUGGCUUCCAGUUUCCGAGCCAACAGAACCCAUCACCAUUUCAGGUGUCCAACCCGCAGAACCCUUCACCAUUUCAAUCUAAUAGUGUAGGCAGUAGCUUCUCAUUGGGUGCCGCUGACAAGUCCAAUAGAAGGAUAGUGAAGAUUAAUCGCAGCAAGAACAGGAAGAAGUAAUUGGAUUUGGUUUACGAAUGAAGGCAUAACUGCCCUUGUCAGGUUCCAAAGAUCAGAUAUCUUUUUUUUUCCCCUUUUUCUUUCCAUUAUUCUUAGGUGUAAAUUUUCGUGGUUUCCAUGAGGGGGCAAUUUAUACUUGUUUGUAGUCGGAACAAAUAUCCAUCAUUUGUACCAGUACGUGUAUGCCUCUUUUAUUAGCAUAUGUUGAUGUAUGCCACAGCCUUGUUGUGCUGUUGCCUUUUCCUGUCUACUUUGCUAUUUGUAUCAUAAAUGGAAUGAGUUGGAAUUUGUCCUCUA